UCAGGCUCCAAAGCAUCCUGCUCCAUCCUGACACCCCAUGCGGCAAUGCUCUUCCUCCUUGAUAGGAUCUUUCAAGACUUGCAACAUCUCCAUAACCCUUACUUUGUCAAUCCUCACCAUUAUCAUCACAAAUGAACACAGAUCUUUGCGAUUUUUCUGUCUUGUCAGCAUGUCUCAUCACAUACAUCUAGAUAGUACAGGCGACGCUUGAUAUUCCCGCACAUGGAAAGGUGGUGGCUCUUAUUAUCAGCGAACGCACUUUCUCUUCGCGCUUCGACGAUGCGCAUUCAAA